AUGUCUUAUUCCGACUUCUCUAAGAUCGAAACUUUAUCUAAGUUGAACGCUGCUUUGGCUGACAAGUCCUACAUUGAAGGUACUUAUGCUACUCAAGCUGAUGUUGUUGCUUUCAAGGCUUUCCAAAAGGAAUUCCCACAAUUCUCCAGAUGGUUCAACCACAUUGCUGCCUUGGCUGAUGAAUUCGAAUCUUUCCCAGCCGCUUCUGCUUCCGCUUCCAACGAAGAAGAAGAUGACGAUGACGUUGAUUUAUUCGGUUCUGAUGAUGACGAAGUUGAUGAAGCCGCUGAAAAAUUAAAGGCCCAAAGAUUAGCUGAUUACGCUGCUAGAAAGGCUGCUAAGCCAGCUAAGCCAGCUGCUAAGUCUAUCAUCACUUUGGAUGUCAAACCAUGGGAUGAUGAAACCAAUUUGGAUGAAAUGCUUGCCAAUGUUAAGGCCGUCGAAAUGGAUGGUUUAGUUUGGGGUGCUUCCCAAUUCAUCCCAAUCGGUUUUGGUAUCAAGAAGUUACAAAUCAACUGUGUUGUUGAAGAUGCCAAGGUCUCUAUGGAUGAUUUACAACAAGCUAUUGAAGAUGAUGAAGAUCAUGUUCAAUCUACUGAUGUUGCUGCUAUGCAAAAAUUAUAA